GGUCCUACGUAUUUACAGUAACGAUAAUAGCAGCAUCACCAAACAACAUAUCCAGCGUCCCAACAUUUCAGACAUCACGUCCUCCUCCUCCGCCGCCGCCAAAGCCGCCGCCCGAUAGCAGAGAAAUUUUUUAAAUGGGUGCCGCAGACCCAGUGGUACAGAGAGUGAAUGAAGCAGAUUUCAAAGAAAGAGAGCAACAAGAAGAAGAAGAAGAAGAAGAAGUGAAGAAAGAAGAGGAAGGAGAGAAAGAUUUGGAGAAAGGAGAAGUCAAAGAAAAAGUGAUAUUGGAGAGCAACAUUAACAGUAACGGGGAUGAACAACAGGGGAGGGACUUUCAUGUGUCAAUGAUUCAGAGAUUAAACCCGACUAACCCAUUAAGGGUUGUCCUCAAUAAUGGCGGUGCUUCAAGAGUUGCUACACCUUCUCCUUCUCAGUCAUCUCACCCUUUCCAGCCUCGUUCUACACCCACCCAGCCUCAUUCUACACCCACCCAGCCUCGUUCUACACCCACCCCACAACAAUCAAUUACAACCCUGAAUUCAAGAAAAUACACAAACAAAAUAUCUCUCUUCUUGUUCCUCCUGCACGUGGUGGCAGCUGUUGGGUUGGUUUGUUUUCUUGUGUUCAAGGGAAUUCAAGGCCUAAUAGUUGCAUCAGAUGAGAUUAAAAGAAAAGAGAAGAGGGUACUGGAGCAUUUUCUGCCACAAGUUGAGGUUGCAUCAUUAUUGAGCAUUACUCUUGCAUUCAUAUGGCAAAAGGCAUUUAGAGUUUGGCCUCACUUCAUGGUUCAUUUCAUACUAUGGAGCUCCUUCAUUAUGUCUCUAUCUGCUGGAAUUCUCCUAAUUUGUUUCCAAGAGCCUCCCACUGAUGGAGUUGGAGUCUGUCUUAUUGCUUUCGCGAUUGGAAAUGGCUUAUACGCCUGCUGGAUCACGCAGCGAAUCAAGUUUUGUAGCAAGAUUUUGAUUCAAUCCCUAGAGCCGGUUUCGAAAUUCCCAGAUUUGAAUCAUCCCACUUAUUUGACACUUGGAGUUGGAUUCUUGUGGAUGUCUCUAUGGAUUUUAGCUGUUAUAGGAUCAUUGAAUUUCUUCUUCCCUCCACUGAUCAUAAUUGCAUUAGUAUUGAGCUUGGCAUGGACUACUGAAGUCAUGAGGAAUGUUGUGAAUCUAACAGUUAGUAGGGUAAUUGCUCUGUAUUAUCUCAGAGGAAUGCAAUCUAGUACUAAGUUCUGCUUCCAAAGAGCCUUAACUCGGAAUCUUGGAAGUGCUUGUCUUGGAUCGCUAUUUGUGCCGUCUAUUGAAGCUCUAAGAAUAGUCGCCCGCGCUCUAAACUUGCUAGAAGGAGAAGAUGAGUUCAUGUUUUCAUGUGCACAUUGUUGUCUCAGAGUCAUGGAAUCCAUAUUCACAUAUGGGAAUGGCUGGGCCUAUGUACAGAUAGCUGCAUAUGGUAAAGGUUUUGUGCAAGCUUCACAAGACACUUGGUCACUAUUCAAAAAUCAAGAAAUGGAAGCCAUUGUCGACUCCGACAUAACGAGCUCAAUUUGCUUCCUCAGUGGAUGCUGCAGUGGAUCUAUCUGUGUUAUAGUUGUGGCCGCUUGGACAGCCAAAGAUUACCAACCUUUCACUGCCACCAUCUCGCUUCUCGCGUUCUUAGUUGGAUACCUCAUGACAAGGAUUGCCAUGGCAUUACCACACGCCUGCGUCAGCUGUUAUUAUGUUUGCUAUGCAGAGAAUCCAGAGAAUCGGUUGUUUGAUAAAACAAUCAAGGAUCGUCUCAACUUGAUUAAGUCUGGCCGUGAUGUUGUUGUGGCUACGCCCCGAGUUCCGCCUCGAUUUGCAAGAACUUAAAACUUACCAGUGUUGUUGGGCAAUGACAUAUCCUGAAAAUGUAUGGAAAUGGAAAGUCAUUUGGAACAUUUUGGGUUUCCACUGCAAUGUGAUUACCAAGCUUUGGUCACCUUCAAUGGUGUAGGGUUGGGGCUUAUGAAGUUAUUAUUGGAUCCAGAUAGAUCUUCCACAAUAGGGUUGAUGUGGUACUGAGGUUCCAAAUCAACAGUGCUACAAUGACACAAAGUGUCUUUUACUUGGAUGUCCUCUUGUAUCAUAUUGCAUAUACUUUUAGGAUAUUCUGUUACUGAAACCACCUCCUCCAUUACUUUAUAACUUGUACUACCUUCUAGUGAAACUCCACCAUUAUUUUUUGGAAUCCAAAUGUAUUUGUUUA